CUUGAUCACGUGAUCAUAUUGGCUAAGCUUGGGUAUACAUAUUACAGGUUGUGAGGCGAAGUGUACGUUUGUCUUCUUAAAACAAGCCAACUGUGUCUAUUUUGAUAUUUGUUACUGAAAAAAUAUCAAAAUGUCGACUAAAUCAAAAAAGACAGUAUCAUCGUCUUCAAACAUAAGUGUUGUGUCGUCAGUUCAAAGCCCUCAACAAUCAAGCACUCCUGUUGGUAGCCGCCCUUCUAGUUCAGCCGGCCGGCCACACAGCCCUCUAAGCCCUACAAGACAUAGUCGUUUACAAGAGAAGGAAAACUUACAAAACCUAAAUGACCGCCUUGCAGCUUACAUUGAUAAAGUACGCCAGCUUGAGAGUGAAAACUCAGGAUUGCGUCGCGAAAUACAAACAACCCAGGAGGUGGUCACACGCGAGGUUUCCAACAUUAAAGGAAUGUAUGAACAUGAACUUCAAGAUGCUCGAAAACUUUUAGACGAUACUUCUCGAGAAAAGGCUAAGUUGGAGAUUGAUUUGAAGAGAUUGAUAGAGGAAAACGACGAUCUCAGUAAACGUUUGGAUAAAAAAACAAAAGACUGGCAGCAGGCAGACAAUUUAGCUCUUCAUUUCGAGAACCGUUUCACUGAAGAAAGCAACAAGUACAACACCGCCCUCGCUGAUAAGAAGAAAGCUCAAGAUGAGGCCAGAGAUCUGGCAAAGGAGUUGGACAAACUACGCAAAGUAUACGCGGAGACACGCAAGACCCUUGAAGAAGAGAUGCUUUGCCGAAUUGAUAUGGAGAAUACAGUACAGAGUCUGCGUGAAGAACUCUCUUUCAAAGAUCAGGUGUUCCAACAAGAGCUGCAAGAGACUCGAACUCGGAGACAGGUCGAGAUCACUGAAAUUGAUGGGCGUCUUGCUCAACAGUAUGAAGCUAAACUCCAACAGAGUCUCCAAGAGCUGCGCGAGCAACAAGAGGCCAACAUGAAAGCCAAUCGUGAUGAAAUUGAAGCUCUCUAUGAAAAUAAGAUGAAGAAUCUCCAAGCGGCGGCCAAUCGCAAUAGCAGCGCGGCGACUGUCGCUGUUGAGGAGCUCCGUACGAUGCGCACACGCAUCGACAGUCUCAACAACACUCUUAACGAUUUGGAGAACAAGAAUGCCGCUCUUAGUAACCGUUGCCGUGAACUAGAGCGUCAACUGGAGUCUGAACGGGCUCGUCACGCUGAAGAUCUGGCCUCAUUGGAGCAAGAGCUGGCUCGACUUCGCGAUGAAAUGGCGGCCCAACUCCGGGAGUACGCCACUCUUAUGGACAUCAAGAUCUCGCUGGACCAUGAGAUUGCCACCUACCGCGCCCUUCUUGAGGGUGAAGAGGACAGGUUGAACCUGACAUCCCAGUCGCCAGGUCGCGAAUCUCGUGCCUCCAUGAGCGCGAGCGCGAGCGUCAGCGGGAGCGGACGAAUCACUCCGGGACGACGUGCCACGCCCCUUCGCGCCGCUCGUAAGCGCACUCUGCUCGAUGAGAGCGAGGAAAGGAGCCUCCAGGACUUCAGCGUUACCUCCAGUGCUAAGGGAGACCUGGAAGUCGCCGAAGCCUGCCCCGAUGGUAGCUUCGUCAAGAUUCGGAACAAGGGAAAGAAGGAACUAAGCCUCGGCGGCUACCAAAUUGUGCGUAAAGCCGGUGACCAAGAGACCCUAUUCAAGUUCCACCGUACCGUGAAGUUGGAGCCUGGUGCAAUCACCACCGUUUGGUCUGCAGACGUUGGCGCUGACCACGAGCCACCCAAGGACAUUGUCAUGAAGGGACAGAAGUGGUUCGUCGCUGAUACAUUCACCACCGUGUUGCUCAAUAAUGAACAAGAGGAGAUAGCCGUGUCCGAGAGACAGCGGCGGCAAAUAAGCACAAGCGCUCAAAGACACCGUGAGCUCGCACAUAAGUUUCCCCGACGUGAAGGGUUGGGUGAAAUUCGUGAGGGUGAAGAGAAUUGCCGUAUAAUGUAAACAGCCACGAGCAAAUAAUUAUUACGUUAGGUGCCUCAUCAUUAGAUGUUUUAGAUAUUAAACUUGUGUGUUAAUAGAACUGCCAUAAGUCAGAAAGUCAAUGAAUUUAAUUCAAUAUUUACAAAGCUUCGGAAGCUUUUUGGUCCGACUGUGCUCAUUAUCUUAGAAGUUUCCUAAAUCUUGGCUUAAAAUACUGAAAAAGAAAAUAAAAAAAAUAUUCCUACUUUCUCCCUCCGCCUGUUAAUUCGUCACUGUAUUUAUAAUAUGAUAAGCCUCUAUGAAGCCGAAAUUUGGAUGGAAUAUCUCCCAAGCUUUGUCGGUGAUGGAAAAUUUAAUGGUGUUCUAUUUGCACAAGCGGCGUGACAUGCCACGAUAGUUGGUUUCACAAGUUUUUCAUUGCUUUGUAGACACAAUAUGCCUUAUUUCAUAUGAAUAUAAAUUUUUCUGCAAUUUAUUAAACCACCUAUCGUGCAGUUAUCGUGCCUUAUUAACAAUCAAAGCUGACUAAAUAAUACAUCACUUGGUUUAACCGCAAGCGUGCACUGCCAUACAUACUUGCUUCCACACAUUCAGUGAACAAAGUACAAAGUUGUAGUUCACAUAGCGAGGCAAUCCGUAGAUGUAAUCUACUAAAUUAAUAUUACAUUGAAUAGAUUAUUUUUUUAGUAUUAAGUCAAACGUGACCGUUUCAUAGGUUGUCAAUUUAGAUUAUAAGUAUUUCACGUUAUUAAUAUUUUUAUAUAACAGAAAACAGGUGCAAGUCGCAAAUUAAGAUACAGAAAAUAUACAAAAUUUUAAGGUCUUUGUGGGGUGUGGUUUUCCUUUUCAAAAAUAAUUAAUGUACUGUAAGAAUAUGUUAAGAAAUUACGUACUUUCAUUUUUACGUUAAGAGGACAGAAUCUUAUUGUUUUUUAUUGAAUCAUUGGCUAAGAAGAUUUCAUUGAAAAAAAUUGUGUAAUGUGCAAAUUACUUUAUAAAAAUAAAUAUAUAUUUAGUUUUAAUCAA